AUGACUCGCUGCUGCUGCACGUGCUCCGCCAGCCGGUGUGGCAGCACAUGCAGUAUAUGUUACAGGUCGGUUUUCGAGGUGCGAGGUGCGCUCCUGUACCAGAUGGUAGCGGCACUGCCCAGCGAAAAUCUGCUUACAAUCACUGCGGGCGAAGGGGACGAAUACAUGGUGCGAGGUUGCUUGAAUGAUUGCUCCCAGCAGUACCUCAUGAGCGAGCCAUCUGGGAAUCUGCAUGCUUCUGGCUAUGGCUCAUCGUCGGGCAUCCGUGAAAUCCAGCUGCUGGUCAUAGCAUCCGCACAGGGAAUUCGCGGAAUGUUGUUGUUGCAGAUCCUGCGCUGA